AUGGCGGCGUGGGGCGCGCUGCUCGAGGACGACGACGCGUCACCGACGACGACGGCGUCGGUCCUGACCGCGCUCGCGAGCGCGUCCGACCUCCGCGUCCCCGCGUCCGUCCUCCGCGGCGACGGAUGGGAAGACUCCGUCGCGUGCAGACGCCGGUACGUCGAAGAUCUCUACGCGCGCGAGCCGUCGAUACUCCUCGAGCGGCACGGCCACCUCGUCCCGCGGUCGCGCCUGCUCGCCGCGUUCGGGCACCUCGAGGGGAGCUCGUACGAGUGCGAUUUCCAUCUGAACAGACUCAAGGAGGGCGCGACGACGACGACGGGAGGAACGGGAACGGGAACGGGAACGACGACGGCGACGGCGCGCAACAGACGUCUGGCGCACAUGCGAUCCUCGCUCGAGCCCGCGGGGUACUUCCACGAGGACGCGCUGCGUCGCCGCGAGCCGCUGCUGUUCGAGACGUUCGUCGGCGCGCCCGCGCGCGCGGACUCAAACUCGAACUCGAAUUUGAAUUUGAAUUCGACGGCGACGGCGACGGCGACGGCGACGGACGGCGCGGGGGCGUCGCACGCCGUCUCGCUCGCGAUGCUCGAGCGCGAGGACGAGAGAGCCGCGGCGGCGCUGCUCUCGCGGCAGCGCGCGGCGUUGCGCGAGCGCGAGCGCGUCGAGGAUAUUGACGCGGAAGACGAACCGCCUCUGGAAGACGAACCGCCGCCGGCGGCGGCGACCGACGCCGCCUCGCGCCCCGGGGUCGUCGUGGAGGCGGUCGGUCCCGGGGGCCGCCGCGGCGCGAGCGGCCGCGCCACGGCGGAUCAGCUCCGACGCGCCGCCGUCGAGGGGUGGGCGCGAGGAAACGACGACGACGACGACGCGGACGCGAACCGUCGUCUCGGGGGAUGCGAACCGUCGUCUUGUGGAACCGGGACGACUCGAGAGAUCAACCGCUCGGCGAUCGCGUCCGUCGUCGCCGACCCGGAGCGCGACGCGAAGCUCGCGGCGUUCGCGCGGACGAUGCGCGAGCGGUACUUGGGCGCGUUUUUCACACUUCACACUGACGGAAUGGACCCCGGCGCGGACUACGCGGCGAUCGACGCCGAUCGGUCGUUGGACGAUUGGCACGCGCGCGAGGCGACGCAGGACGCGGAGGACGCGUACUUCGCGGAGGGAGACGGAUACGACGAAGGGGGUGCCGUGGGGGGUGCCGUGGAGGGUGCCGUGGAUAGCGAGGACGAUAGUUUCACUCGGUGUUGA